UUGAACCUAGAUGGUCUUACCAGAACAGCUCCAUCCCUUAAAGGGAAUAUCUUUCAGUGCUCACACAUCAAUUCUCCCAUUCAUAUGCAACCAGGGUGGACGUUGCUUAGCUAAGGGGACAAGUCAUGCUUGCUACCACAAGACCAGCUCUCCUCCAGAAGGAGAAGAAGGAGAAGGAGAAGGAGAAGGAGAAGGAGAAGGAGAAGAAGAAGAAGAAGAAGAAGAAGAAGAAGAAGAAGAAGAAGAAGAAGAAGAAGAAGAAGAAGAAGAAGAAGAAGAAAAGAAAGAAAUGCCCUCUGCCCUCUUUGCUAGCUCGCAGGCUGGAGCCAGAUGCAUUUCCCACGGCCGGCCUGCUUUGCACAGCAAUCUGUUGAGGAGGCAGAGUCUUCGGCAGAAAGGGCGUGUUCAGCAGGUGUGCGAGGCCGCACGAUAGUUCCCUGGCACGCAAGGACGAACCCUGAUACCCAGCAGCCAGGAGGCACAGUAUCUCACCCUGCUGCCUGGCACAGGCAGAUGUUUUGAUGCCAGCCUUAGUUGUCACGCACAUGCCGGUGUUGAUGCAUUUAUGGAGAAGCUGUGCGUGUGGUGGGGGAAUUUGCCUGUGGUUGCUUGGGCAUGGCUUCCAUCCACAUGCAUUCAUGUGUGUCCCUGUGUUCUCACAGCCCCGGCUUUAAGGAUUGCAGCUGCCUUGCCACAGAAUCAGGUUCCUCCAUGAUAAACAUAAAGAGUUACAGAAUCCCUGGGGCCUUGAAGGUCAUCCAGUCCAACCCCCUGCUUGAUGCCGGAAAUCCAGCACUCGAGCAUCCCUAAUUGCUGUCCAGUCUCCGCCCAUGAAUUUGUCGAAGCCUCUUUCGAAGCCAUCCAAGCAUGUGGUGAAAGCCACUAGCUUCGAUGGCUUUUUGAGAGCCAGCGUGGUGUAGUGGUUAGAGUGCUGGACUAGGACCGGGGAGACCUGAGUUCAAAUCCCCAUUCAGCCAUGAAACUAGCUGGGUGACUCUGGGCCAGUCACUUCUCUCUCAGCCUAACCUACUUCACAGGGUUGUUGUGAAAGAGAAACUCAAGUAUGUAGUACACCGCUCUGGGCUCCUUGGAAGAAGAGCGGGAUAUAAAUGUAAUAAUAAUAAUAAUAAUACUAAUAAAUUUAAAAGGGGCUUUGACAAAAUUAUGGAGGCUACUAAUCAGCCGGCUGUGGAGGGCAAGCAGCUGCCACCAGGCUGGUCGGCCGUGGUGCAGAAGUGCACCAGGCCGGCAGGCGGCCAUGGAGAAGCAGUGGCCGCCAGGGGUGGGUUGGCAUGGAAGUGCCAGCCAGGCCGGUGAGGGAAACCGCCGUCGGUGGGCAGGGAGGAAAGUGCCACCAGGCCAGCUGAAGGGAGGGAAAGGAAAGCAGAACGGGGACUGGGGCUGAAGGGAGGAGGGGAAAUGAAGAUGGGGAGGAGAGACAGAGAACUAGGGGCGCAGAUGCUUCGGGACAGCUAGUUUUUAUUGAUUGAUUUUAUUUUAUUGAUUGAUUUUAUUGGUUUUAUUGAUUGAUUGAGGCACUUCACAUGGGUGGUGUGAAGCGCCUCGUGGUGGUUUGCGGGGAGAGUGGGUUUAGCCCGCUCUCCCCGCAGACAAUCAAACACGUAGUCCUGACCUGCCCACGCAACUGCUGGCUCUGUCACAGAGCCGGUGGGGGCUGCGGGGAUUGGGGGUCACUCAGCCCCCGGAAGUCCCAGGAUGCAAGUGCAUGGGGCAUUCGGGGGGGGGGGACCCCAGAACCCGGAGGCUGCUUGUAGCCUCCCUGCUGGGAGUCUACUCAUGUGUUGCUGAGCUCCGUGGCGGCACAAGAGCAAAUAAAUGCGGUUAGCGGAGCGUUCGUCACGUGACGUCACGGGCGUGCGGCAAUCACACCUGUGCAGGCACGUCUAGCAGUUGCUUAAAGAUGCUGGCCCAGAUGGAUGGGGGCACUGUCUCUCCUGCUCCCACCCCACCACCGCCAGUGGGGGGGAGAGGGAAAAGGACUGCUCUGCUCCCUCCCUCAGCCCCCCCCCCCCCCGGUCCCGGUAAGACUUUUUUUUAAAAGCGGAGCUUUGGCGGGGUGGGCACAGGGUGGCUCAGUGGCUGGAGGACCCUGGCCAUUUGGAGGUUCCCCCGGACCUUGGAGGACCGGACCGGGUCCCAAAGGUCCUGGGAUUAGUGCGCCUCUGCUCGUAUUUCAUGCUUUUGCCAUUUGAUUACACUCUUUUAUAAUCAACUUUUAUCAUAAUAUGUACAAUCAUAUUUUACAACUAUUUUAAUAUAAUUAAUUAUUAUAGAAUAUACUUUAAUGAUGCCACAGUUUUCAUAUGUCUUAGGUCUUAUACCCUGCAGCUGUAGAGUUCAUACAUUUAUAAUUUUGUAUAGUGUAAUAGUUCGAUAGUUUUAUAGUUUACUCCUGAUUUUAAAUAAUAAAUAACGUAAUAAUAAUUUUAGGCUACCAUGACAUGUACCUUCUUGCCUUCAUUUUAUGCUUGUCUAAGACCGUAAUA